AGAAGUAUCUAUUUGUGCGGAGAGUCACAGAAUUGACAGUCGAGCCAGUCCCCAGAGAGUGGCUGUGAGGUCCCCACCACAGGACCAGGACCCGCGGGGCUCACGACAGGUGUGGGGUGCACGCUGACAAUGCCACGCUCCUUCCUGGUGAAGAGUAAGAAGGCUCACACGUACCACCAGCCCCGCGUCCAGGAGGAUGAGCUAGUCUGGCCUCCUGCCCUGAGCCACGUGGCCAGGGACCAGGUCCUGAGCAACGAUCCUGUUCUCAACACCCUGUUCCCGAAUCAGUGCCUGGACUGGACCAACCUCAAACAGGAGCCGGAGCUGGAGCUGGACCAGAGCUUGACCAGGGCGGCCUCGGCACCAGAGGGUCCUGCUGUGAUAUUCCGACGCCAGGACGGGGACUCACCGUCCUCCGACUCACCCCCGUUCUACAAGCCCAGCUUCUCCUGGGAUGUGCUGGCCUCGUCCUACAGCCACAGCUACCGGCAGGCCCCCUCCACCAUGCAGUCCGCCUUCCUGGAGCGCUCCGUCAGCCUGUACGGCAGCCCUCUGGUGCCCAGUACCGAGCCGCCCCUGGACUUCAGCGUCCGCUAUUCCCCAGGCAUGGACACGUACCACUGCAUCAAGUGCAACAAGGUGUUCUCCACCCCACACGGGCUUGAAGUGCACGUCCGUCGCUCCCACAGUGGGACCCGGCCCUUCGCCUGUGACAUCUGCGGCAAAACCUUCGGCCACGCCGUGAGCCUGGAGCAGCACACACACGUCCACUCCCAGGGGAUUCCGGCCGGGUCCAGUCCUGCGCCCAGCUUGGCAGUCCCGGGCCACGAGGCCCCGCCUGCGCCUGACCCCCCGGGGCCUGGUUUCCUCCGGCAGGAGCGCAGCUUCAAGUGUCGGAUGUGUGGCAAAGCCUUCAAGCGCUCGUCCACGCUGUCCACCCACCUGCUCAUCCACUCGGACACUCGGCCCUACCCUUGCCAGUUCUGUGGCAAGCGCUUCCACCAGAAGUCGGACAUGAAGAAGCACACCUACAUUCAUACUGGUGAGAAGCCACACAAGUGCCAGGUAUGUGGAAAGGCCUUCAGCCAGAGCUCCAACCUCAUCACCCACAGCCGGAAGCACACGGGCUUUAAGCCCUUCAGCUGUGAGCUCUGCACCAAAGGUUUCCAGCGCAAGGUGGACCUGAGACGGCACCGCGAGAGCCAGCACAACCUCAAGUGAGGCUGCGCCCGUUCCCGGCUCCUGGCCCGCCUGUCCUGAGGUCCCGUCACUAGGAGGAGGCCAGCCUCACGCACCCAGAUCCCCAGUCUCCUGGAGGCAGCGCUGGAUGGGAGUCUUCCAGUUUGUGUUCAGACUUACGAAAGUGCUGUGUGACCUUGGGCAAAUAGCGUUCCCUCUCUGGACCGACAUUGCUUCUGCUGCCAAGUGUGGGCGCUGGGUUGGGUCUUUUCAGAGCUGAAGUUGUCUACAGGUGUAAAAACUUGGGUGCCUUCCCCAGGGCAGAGCCCAGAAGGCCAGAGUAGCCCCAAGUGGACAGGGAUGCCAAGAAUAGACCAGAGCUGGGACCCACAGAGAUAUCCUUCCCCUGCCUGCCGCCCACCGUGCUGGGGUCUGGUCCCCUUGGUUUUUAGCGGGCCUCUUUCAGAUUGCCACAGAUGGUGAGAGCUGCCUCCUGCCCCAGUGGGAGGCCUAGCACCCCUCUGCUUUAGCCAGACAUGCUGGCUGCGCCCCACUUCUGACCUGCACUCAGCUGGCCAUGGGAAGUGGUCUGUGUGUGUGUGUGUGGGGGGGCAGUUUCCAAUUCUGCUGUCUGACCAAGGGGCUGUAGAAACCAGAAGUUAUUGCUGUCCAAAGCCUGUUCCCCUCAAUUGCUGUAAAUGGAAAUAAAG